AUGUCUGCGUCGGGUAUAGUCAUUCUCUUAGUUUAUGUGGAUGAUAUUAUCAUUAUUGGCACUGACUGUGGUUUGAUUACGAAACUUCAACAGCUAUUACAUGCAACUUCCCAUAUGAAAGAUCUUGGCCAGCUCACAUACUUCUUAGGAUUGGAAGUUCAUCAUCAGACCAAUGGUAUUUUCAUGAACCAACAUAAGCAUAUUCAAUAUCUUAUCACUUUGGCUGGUUUGGAGGAUACUUCUUCUGUUGAUACUCCUAUAGACGUAAAUGUCAAAUACAGGAAAGAUGAAGAGGACCUUCUGGAUGAUCCUACUCUCUAUCGGCGCCUGGUUGGGAGUCUUAUCUACUUGACCACUACUCGACCUGAUAUAUCCUAUACUGUUCAUUAG